AUGUCGGAUUCCCCCCAAUCCCCUCCCAAGGACGUCGAGCCUGGCGUACAAUCACCCGACGAUGAAGCACAAAUGAACGAUCCUCAGGACCCACACGCCGCCGCGCUCGGCUACGAGUUCGAGGUAAAAGAGCAGGACAGGUGGUUGCCUAUAGCCAAUGUGUCGUCCAUGUCUCACGAUUCGUCAUCUAAGUCGCCGCAAGCGCCUCGCGCUUCCAAAAUCGACAAGUACGAUGUUUACGAUGCUAAUAUACGCAACUUUGCGCCAGUGGCUCGAAUCAUGAAGCUGGCCCUGCCCGAGAACGCCAAGAUAGCAAAGGAGGCAAAGGAAUGCAUGCAGGAGUGCGUGAGCGAAUUUAUCAGCUUCAUCACGAGUGAAGCAUCGGAAAAGUGCCACCAGGAGAAGAGAAAGACGGUCAAUGGCGAGGACAUCCUGUUCGCCAUGACGUCUCUAGGGUUCGAGAACUAUGCGGAAGCGCUCAAGAUCUAUCUUUCUAAAUACCGAGAACAGUCCCAGUCCAACAGGGGCGAGAACCAACAGGGCAGGCCCAGCAGCCAAGGUUACGGAGCUGCCCCUGGCGGCUCUGGUGGCGCCGGCUCCUCGGGUUUCCAAGGAGGAGACGGAGCUGGCGGCAUGGGCGAAUCAGGCGAAGGCUACAUGUAUUCCCAGGGCCACAACGGCGGCGCGGCGGGCGAAACCUAUUAA